CCGGGAGCCCUGUCCCGCCACGGGGGCACACGGUGCCGGCCCCGCCGCGGCCGCCCUCGCCUGAGGGACAGCUCCGCGCCCCACGGAGCCUUUCUCACGGCCUGAGGUAUAAAAUAUGGGCGCGGGGAGCCGGGCAGGGCGGCACACAGCCCCGAGAGCCGACCGACAGGCCCACGGCCGCCGGCAGCACCCGAGCGCCGCGGGAAGCGCCGCUAGAGGCCGCCCCCCGGGACGCGGCUGCCGGGCUGGCUCAGGCGGCGGCUGGGGCUGCGGCUCCUCCUCCUCCCGCCACCUCCCCCCGCGCCGCCGGCUUCCCAGGCUCCUCUCCGGGUAAACAGCGAUGGCCGCUGAGGAAGGAGGUGACGAGCCCCAUAACAACAUGGGGAAUCACCUACAGCUGGUGCCCGCAGAGAGCGAGGAAGAGGAUGACAAUGAAAUGGAAGUUGAAGAUCAAGACAGUAAAGAAGCUGAAAAGCCAAACAUCAUUAAUUUUGAUACCAGUUUGCCCACAUCACAUGUGUAUUUAGGUUCUGAUAUGGAAGAGUUUCAUGGAAGAACGGUGCAUGAUGAUGACAGCUGUCAGGUGAUUCCAGUGUUGCCCCAUGUGAUGGUGAUGUUGAUUCCUGGACAGACGUUACCUCUUCAGCUUUUUCGCCCUCAAGAGGUUAGCAUGGUGCGGAAUUUAAUUCAGAAAGACAGAACGUUUGCUGUUCUUGCAUACAGUAAUGUACGUGAAAGGGAAGCGCAUUUUGGAACAACAGCAGAAAUAUAUGCCUACAGAGAAGAACAGGAAUAUGGAAUUGAAACUGUCAAAGUGAAAGCAAUAGGAAGACAGAGGUUCAAGGUGCUUGAAAUAAGAACCCAGUCAGAUGGGAUCCAGCAGGCUAAAGUACAAAUCCUUCCUGAGCAAGUGCUGCCUUCAACAAUGUCAGCAGUGCAGCUGCAGUCUCUCAGCCGAUGCCAUGUAUUUCCUUCUUCAAAACCCACAGCAUGGCAGGACCAAGCUAUACAUCAAUGGUGGCAGAAGUAUCAAAAGAGGAAGUUCCACUGUGCAAGUCUGACAUCUUGGCCUCCCUGGCUCUACUCUCUAUAUGAUGCUGAAACCUUGAUGGAAAGAGUCAAGAGGCAGCUACAUGAAUGGGAUGAAAAUCUUAAAGAUGAAUCUCUUCCAACAAAUCCAAUAGAUUUUUCUUACAGAGUUGCUGCUUGCCUGCCAAUUGAUGAUGCAUUACGUAUACAGUUGCUUAAAAUAGGUAGUGCUGUUCAGCGACUCCGAUGUGAAUUAGAUAUUAUGAACAAAUGUACAUCUCUUUGUUGUAAGCAAUGCCAAGAUACAGAAAUAACUACCAAGAAUGAAAUAUUCAGUUUAUCCUUAUGUGGACCCAUGGCAGCAUAUGUGAAUCCUCAUGGGUACAUCCAUGAAACCCUUACUGUAUAUAAAGCCUGCAACUUGAAUCUCAGUGGACGACCAUCGACAGAGCACAGCUGGUUUCCUGGGUAUGCCUGGACUAUAGCCCAGUGCAGAAUCUGUGGGAACCAUAUGGGAUGGAAGUUCACAGCUACCAAAAAGGAUAUGUCACCUCAGAAAUUCUGGGGGUUGACACGAUCUGCUCUCCUGCCUCGGAUCCCAGAAACAGAGGACUCAGGCCAUGAUAGAUCGCCGUUACUCUGCCUGUAAUCUGGUAACCUGCUUUGGAGAUGAACAGGCAGUAGUCUCUCUCUUAAAUGCAUCUGCUCGGUUCUGCUUCUGAUGCUUACUUCAACUUAAAAAAACCAAGAACCCACACCCACACACAAAAAACCAACCAAACAGGCAGGCUCGCUACAGUUGGGUUUGGUGUGCCAUCCGCAUUGCUGUGGUUUCAGCCGCAGUGAAAACUGAAGGUGGAAUCUUUAAUAUGACAGCUGAGGAGAGGAGGUGGCAUGACGCACCAAGGAAUCUUAUCUGAUCCAUCUGGACAGAAUGGACACUGAACAUUCUCUUUCCUUGUGUAAUUUCAGAAAAUGUUUACUGCUAUCAGCUUGCAGUGAAAGAAGGUGGGGGGAAAGUAAAAUGACAUAUAAACAGAGUAAUUUAUGCAAUAUAUGUAUGAUGGUAGAUACCAGUUACUUGCUGCGGAGUAUUUUCCAUAGUAUACUUAAAUGUGUUUUCACUGAGAAUCCCUGUUUCUAACUGUGUGGAGUACUUCAGAUUUUAUGCUUGUGCUGUUUCUCAGAUAUUCACUGAAAAACCAUCGAAGAGAGUGCCAGCCUGAAGUAUCGCUGACUGACACUGUGUUGGUAAUGUCAGUGGCAGUGCCGUAACUGGCAAAAGCCAGAGUUCCUGCAGCUGGAACAAUUCCAUCACAGGAUGUCCUUUGGAAGGAACCUGUGUGAGGUAUUGGUCCUUACACGUCUGAGCUAUUUAGUCUCUUGAUUUAGGAGUCUUAAAAUUUACACUAUUUAUACAACAUAUGCAGGUCAGUCCCAGACCAUAAAGAAGUACUUUGGCAUUUACUGUUGAAUGUGCUUGCAUUUACCUUUCAGGUUUAUUUCUGUGAAGAUUAGGUGAUCAGCAUACAUGUCCAAGGUUCUGUGAAGUGCCCUCUAAAAUACUUAACUAUAGCAACUUUUCAGUAGUGUUUAUUUUCACAAGGGGGAGGUAAUAUCUCUUAAUAUUUUUUUUCUUUUACAUUUUCAUAUCAUAAUUAAAUUUCACAUUAUCACCCUUACAGAGAGCAAGAUUUUUGAAAUAAAACAGAAAUAAAAGGCAGUGCUUUUUUUCUUGCCCUUUUUUUUUUUUUUUUUUUUUUUACUGAAAUGCUGUCUGUGCUACAGAAAUUGGGUGCCAAAAUGGGGCAGCUUUUGUGACUGAUUUAUUGGGUGGUUUUUUUACCUCAGAAUGCACUUUGGUGAUGGAAACUGAAGAUUUCUUCAGUAUGUUUGUAUAUGUACGCACGUUUUCUUUUGAAGCUUUAUCAUUCACUCUUUAUUUCUUCACAGUAAAUCUUUGAGAACUUGUAUUGUUAUAAUGGCACAAAACUACUUAAGAUGCCAGCCACCGCUUGCUCAUUCUUAAUCGUGGCCCUACACCAGACAUGCGUAGCACGGCCAGGUUACUCGGUGAAAGGCCAAGUCAGACCUGCGAGACAAGCCGCUGAUGUAAAUGUGGCCCCGGCUACAGUGCAGCUGAAGAAGUACCCUGAUGCAAAAAGAUGCUAGGUGCUGAAAGGCUGUUGGAGUAGUUUAUCAUGCUAGGUAUGUAGAAACUAAUGAUUGUGUAACUCAGGUUUAGUUCUUUGAAGCCUUCUACCUCUGUGCUUCUGUGAUAACUUUUGUUCUCUCCGUAGGCAUCUUUAACAGUGCAUUUAAUUUUGUGUGCAGUGCUCUGACUUGCUAGUGAACUGUGAGAAGCAAUACUUCUUUGAAUACAAUUCUGAACAAAUAGAGGGUGAAUGAUGGCUCAUUUUCUUCGAGAAAACAUUCUGUAUUUUGAUUGUUUCUAUCUAUAAUAAGCUCUCAAAAGGCUGAAGUGAUAAGCACUAGUGUGAGAGUGAGACUGUGAAACCUUUGUGCUUUGAUAACUGCUGAAAUCAUACUUGGCUUUCCCCACACACCCCGCACAUGCACACACACGGAGGUGCACACCACAGGCAUGUGUGCACACAGACACACACAUAUCUUAGUUGUAGACCUGGUUUAUUUUUCCUUUCGAAGAUCCCUAGUAUCUGUUGUUCCCUUUACCCUCAACAAGGCUUGGUGGUGGCAGGAGCUCUGAGGGUGCUUUAAAGUCCCUUCUGAUGCCAUUCCAUUUAAGUAUUUUCUGAGGGUAGAGUGAGUGAGGUUUUCCAAAUUAUGUUCUCAGCUGUCGACGAACUUCAUAAGGUAUUUGGGGUUUUAGCCAAGUCUUUUGGAUUGCCUCAACUAAAAAUAGCAUUAUGUUGGCAAUGUUUGAAUACAAAAUAGGCAUAAUUUUUUGUAUUGUGUAUAUAUAGUCAAAUGUAAACUAAUAUAAUGAAGUGAGGUAAGUCAAGAGUAAAUUUAACACUAAUUUAAUUUUAUUGUUAGUGCUGCUGUUCCAUCUGCCUAACCUUCUGUGUAAUGUUUGCCGUUUCAAAGUCCAUGACACUUUCCAGGCUGAAAACAAGCAUGGUUCAGGUUGCUGUGAAGAUGAUGAGUCUUGCCAUGGGGAAGCUGGCUGUUACAGUGCUACACAUGUAAGAAUGCUCAAAACGUACAGUAUGUGACUUACAGGGUGGAUGUGGAGUUGGGGAUGGUUCUAUACAUUGGUUAAUAUUUUCUAUGUGUCUUUUCUCCUUUUUGGAGAGAAAACUUCUAGAAGGGGAUUGUGGAAAAUUAUUACUGGCAAAUAUGGACAUCGUAUGCUUUUGAGAGCUAAUACAAAGGAAAUCACAUUUAAUGAUAAUUUACUACAUUCAUUGAUGGGCGUGUAGCUUCAUGCAUUAUUUAAUCCAACUGACUGGCUGGUUGCUGCCAAAAGGGAUCAUUUUUCUCUUCUCCCCCACCGUAAUGUCCGUCCUGAUGUGAGCUCUAGGAUUCGGCAGUCACAGGAUUGGUGUCCUGGCUGUGCAGCCACGUCCGUGUCUGCUCUGACGGAGGGAGGAGGGAUGAGCAGGUGUCAUGUAGGGACAAGAGGGGGACAGCCCUGUGCAGCAGCAGGUCUCAGCUGGACUGCAGUACAUGUAGCAUAGAAUAGCUUAUUUUCAGGCCAUCGUUAAAAUAGCAUAAAGAUGUCACACAAUCAGAGCCUGUAAUAUUGCAAGUUUUCAUAUAUUUUAGUUUUGAUGAAUGGGUAGAAUCACACACCACACGUGUACACCGGGUCUAAAACACAUUCAAAUACUUUGCCAUUUGUUUUUUAAUAAUGCCAUUUUUGUAUGUGCGCAAUUAAUUUUGUUCCUCUCAUUGGUUUUUCACCUUUAAUUGCUUUGUAAAAGCUGCGGAAAGGGUAGCAAGUUCUGCGCUUUAACUUUCCUCUGUCUGCCUUUUGAGACAACUUUUCAGGAAAACCUUGUUGCUUGCAAACAUUUGCAAAGAAUAAAAUGCAAUUUGUUUCAAAACUGA